AUGAUACCCGACGGGAGCAACACCAUCACCCUUCACCCCAACAUCUACAAUAUCCAGCACCAAGACCACGGUAGCCGCAGCCGCAGCCGAUCCUCCCACGGCCCCCACGACAUCUCAGAGAGCACCGGCGUUGAGCCCAUUGGACAGGAGGCAGGGCACGACCAUCCCGUUUCUCGCCAUGGCGGCGCAUCCAAGGAUGUGGAAUCUCAAAUCACUGCUGGUCGCAACUCAGGCUUCCCUCACGUGAACCUUGAAAACGACCCCUAUGGUCUUUCGUUAGCCUACAAGACCGAGGGCGACCUGGCCAAGAUCAAAGCCAACACGUCUCGUAAGAGGGACAGCGGCCGCAGCCAGUGUACCCCCAGUAUCAGCGCCAAGAGCAACGCCCGCAAGGUCCAGGGCUUUUACGAGAAUCAGAAUGCCGCUAUUGAACGUAUGCUUAAGUCGGUGGAAGAGCACCGGGAAGAGGCUCGUCAGGAGGCUGGCGAUGACCAGCUUAAGUUCCGUAUUGCCGUUUGGGGAUCCUUUGCUGCCAAUAUUGUCCUCGCAGCGUUGCAGCUGUAUGCUGCCAUCUCAUCAGGCUCCCUGUCGCUGUUCACAACUAUGGCCGAUUCCAUCUUCGACCCUCUGAGUAACCUUACACUCAUUUUGUCCAACCGGGCCGUCGCCCGCGUCGACCCGCGUCGCUUCCCCGCGGGUAAGGCACGCCUGGAGACCGUAGGAAAUAUCGUCUUCUGUUUUCUCAUGAUCGCCGUGUCUCUCAUUAUCAUUGCUUUUGCCUGCCAGGAACUUGUUCAGCAGAAGGAAGACAAGAAGUUCUUCCUUCCUUCUGUCAUUGCUGUGUGCAUCGCAUUUGGCACCAAGCUUUCUUUGUUCUUCUACUGCUGGGCCAUCAAGGACAAAUACAGCCAGGUCAACAUUCUCUGGCAGGACCACCGAAACGACUUGCUCAUCAACGGCUUUGGUGUUUUGACAUCUGUUGGUGGUGCCAAGCUGGUCUGGUGGGUCGAUCCCAUGGGUGCCAUCAUCCUGUCCGUCCUCAUCUCUGGCAUCUGGCUGCACACGGCAUUUGGCGAGUUCCUCCUGUUGGUCGGAGUUGCUUCGUCCGUCGACAUGCAGCAGCUCAUCACCUACGUCUGCCUAACCCACUCGGACGCAAUCCAGGGGAUCGACACUGUUCGUGUCUAUCACUCCGGCCCUCGGUUGAUUGCCGAAGUUGAUAUCGUCAUGGACCCGACAGGCACUUUGAUGACUACACAUGAUGUUGCUGAAGCCCUGCAAAUUAAGCUUGAGAGCUUGCCGGACAUCGAGCGGGCAUAUGUUCACAUUGACUACGAGACUACUCACAAGCCGGAGCAUGCGUUCAAGAAGGAUAUCUAA